GCUGCAUAACAUUUACAUAAAGACGCUGCAGCAUCAUGAGCUCAGAUUUCACUUGACACCGAUCGGCUGUGUUCAUGCGCGACAUAAAAACCCGGCGUAAAGAAGUUGGCCCAGACCGGAAAGGUGCAGGAUGGAGGAGAAGCUGGGAGAAAGCUGAGGUGCAUAACUUUUUAAAGGUAGCGUGAAGCUCAGCGCAGAGGGUGUCCCAGCAGGAGCAGGCAUGGCUGCGCUUAUUAGUUUGGAGACAAUUUUUACCCAAGUCCUGAUUCUUUUAAAAAUCUCUAGUUGCAUGGAGGUGGAUUUCUGCAUACCUGUUCGCGUUUAUCCCCACAAGCUUGACACGCGUUCACACCGGAGUCUGGAGCAGACGAAUGAAAAACAAGUUGUUUUCAGGCUGAGUGCCUUCAGACAGGAGUUUUCCCUCCAGCUUGUGCGGGAUUCUAGUUUCCUUGCACCAGGCAGCAAGCUGCAUGCUGCAGGAGAAUCCCCGCAAUCCUCUGAUCUCAGGGAAUGCUUCUACUCAGGAGAAGUCAACGGGAGCGCAGACUCUGUGGCUGCGUUCAGUCUGUGCAGGGGUCUGCAGGGGGGGUUUACCUAUGACGGUAUGGAGUACUCCAUCAGUCCCAUCGGCUCUGAAGAUGCUACUCAUGAAAAUGGAAACCUUUUGGACAGAACGCACAUCAUCCGCCGUGCGAAGCAGUCUGAGAGCAACGUCACCAGCAGGUGCGGAGUUCCAUCUGCCUCCAACAUCAGCACCUCCCUGCACAAAUACAAACACAGGCCCCAGGUUGAUGAGUUAACUGAAACGGUCCUGAAAUCCCUUGGGAGGUCCAAGAGGUUUGCCUCCAUCCCCAGGUUUGUGGAGGUGCUGGUUGUGGCGGAUGAGUCCAUGGCCAGAUUUCACGGGGACGACCUGAAGCAUUACCUCCUGACGCUGAUGUCAGUAGCAGCCAGGCUGUACAAACACCCCAGCAUCCUCAACUCCAUCAACAUAGUGGUGGUUGGUUUCAUGGUGAUACACGAAGAUGACAAGGGUCCUAAGGUUUCCAGUAAUGCUGCUCUGACCCUGCGCAACUUCUGCUCCUGGCAGAAGAAGUUAAACAAAUACAACGACAAGCAUGCUGAGCACUGGGACACGGCCAUUCUGUUCACUAAGCAGGACCUUUGUGGGGCUACAACCUGCGAUACCCUUGGGAUGGCUGACGUAGGGACCAUGUGUGACCCGAAGAGAAGUUGUUCUGUUAUUGAAGACGAUGGAUUACCCUCUGCUUUUACAACUGCUCAUGAGCUUGGACAUGUCUUCAACAUGCCCCACGACAACGUAAAGGCGUGUGAGGAGGUAUUUGGGAAACUGAAGGACAACCACAUGAUGUCUCCCACACUGAUUCAGAUAGACGGGAGUCGACCCUGGUCGGUGUGCAGUGCAGCCAUCAUUACGGAGUUUCUGGACAGAGGUCAUGGAGACUGUUUAUUGGACCAGCCACAAAAGCAGCUUUUGCUCCAGGACAACCUGCCUGGCUCCAGCUACAGCCUGCACCGUCAAUGUGAACUGGCCUUCGGCUCAGGCUCCAAGCCCUGCCCCUACAUGCAACCCUGCUCAAAGCUGUGGUGCACGGGGAAGGCUCGUGGACAGAUGGUGUGUCAAACCCGACACUUCCCCUGGGCAGACGGCACAAGUUGUGGCAAUGGCAAGGUCUGCUACAGAGCCACAUGUGUGGAUAAGAACAACACAGUACACAUCAAGGUGGAUGGCCAGUGGGGAAAGUGGGGUACAUUUGGGGAGUGUUCACGAAGCUGUGGAGGUGGUGUUCAGCUGGCCAGACGGGAGUGUGACAAUCCUGUCCCAAGGAACGGGGGGAAAUACUGCUAUGGCCUUCGCGUCAGACACCGUUCAUGUAACCUCACCCCCUGUCCUGAAACAGGUCAAAGUUUCCGUGAGGAACAGUGUGAGGCGUUCAAUGGCUUGAGCCUUAACACCAACAGGCUGGGCUCCUCUGUAGUUUGGGUUCCCAAAUAUUCAGGCGUCUCUCCCAAGGAUAAAUGUAAGCUCAUCUGCCGUGCCAAUGGGACGGGAUACUUCUAUGUUCUGGCUCCAAAGGUUGUGGAUGGGACUCCCUGCUCCCCCGACACCUCAGCGGUGUGUGUUCAGGGAAAAUGCAUCAAGGCAGGCUGUGAUGGCAGACUGGAUUCUAACAAGAAGUUUGACAAGUGUGGGGUGUGUGGUGGGAACAACCAGGGCUGUAAGAAGAUCUCAGGAAUGUUUACAAAGCCUGUAAAUGGAUACAACUUUGUUGUGACGCUGCCGAUUGGAGCCUCCAACAUCGAUGUCCGUCAGCGAGGCUACCGAGGAAUGGUCAACGAUGAGAACUACCUUGCUGUGAAGAACCACCAUGGCUCGUACCUCCUGAAUGGCAACUACGUGGUGUCCGCUGCUGAGCGGGAUCUUCUGGUUAGGGGCAGCUUGCUGCGCUACAGCGGCACCUCCAACUCUGUGGAGAUUCUUCAGGCCAUCAGACCCUUGCAAGAGCCCCUCACUGUGGAGGUGCUCUCGGUGGGGAAGAUGACUCCCCCCAGAGUGCGCUACUCUUUUUAUAUUUUAAAGGAAGGCAAGGAGGAAAAGACUCUUCGGAAAGAGGAGAAAAAUUAUAAACUGCAGAACAGUGUCUUGGUUGAAAGCAAAAACACAGAAAUCAAGAAUGACCUGAUGGUUAAGAGACCUGUUAGUCACUGGGUAACAGGAGGAUGGGAGUCGUGCACGGUAACUUGUGGUAAUGGUCUGCAGAAAAGGUUGGUGCAGUGCCAGAGUACAGAAGGACAACCUGCUGCAGACUGUGAUAGUACUCAGAGACCUGUAGCAGUAAGAGCUUGUGGGGAUCCGUGCCCCAUGUGGGAUGUAGGAACCUGGUCUCACUGCUCCAAAUCCUGUGGAAGGGGGUUUAAAAGGCGACCAGUGCUGUGCAGGACAGAUAAUGGUCUUAAUCUGCCCAGAGACCACUGCUCUGGAAAGAAGAAGCCUCAAGAACUGGACUUCUGCAACUGGACACCAUGCUUAAGCAGAUGAGAUCCAGGGUACUGGUUGGCACAAAAAUGAUCUAAAAUCAGCAUAAUUCUGAUUACAGUGUUGACUUGAAUGCAGCCUCACUGUGUGUGGUUGUAAAUAAGUAAGUUUGCUCACUUAAGACAAAAGAUAUGUGGAAAUAGUCUAAGGAGAUCUCAUGCUGGGAUAGCCUAGCUGUUGGCAGAUAUAAUAAAACAGGUUUUCUGCCAGUUUUUGUCCCACUCUGAAUCUCCACAACCUUAAUUCAACCCCAACCAGUUCUUCCCAAUGUCAAUCAUACCCCCCCCCCCC